AUGCUGCCAAAUCAUAUCGCCAACGCAGAUAUUCUUGUCAAACAAUUGGUUGCAGCAGCAAAUCAAAAGCUGCUUAUUGGUCAACCGCACCAUCAACUCCAGAAUCAGCAACAGCAUGCACUUCAUUUGCAACAACAGCAGCAUCAGCAUCACCAACAACAGCAACUACUCCAUCGUCUGACCACCGGCCACCUUGGUGGAACCUACCAGUCCGGCCUACAAAUCGCUAAUAUCGCUGUCGGUAGUUCCAUGACUUCUGCUUCUGGUGCUAUUGGAGGACAAUUGCCUACUGGAGGCAUUUUGGGAGGUGCUCUGCAGCUCACAUGUCCCACCCCAGAUCCUCCAUACAAACCGCCUGAACAACCAGAGGAGAUCGUUUCUGACCGUGUAUAUUUUCUCUUUAAUAAUGUGACUAAAGCAAAUGCCAAAGAAAAAUCAAAUGAGCUUAUAAGCUUACUUGAAGAACAUGGAGCAACAAAAUCAUCUGGUUCUACCUCAGUUGUUAGUGAGCCGUCUCAUCUCCUUUCUUGGUUUGCUCAUUAUCUAGUCAGCAAGCGCGUCGUCAUGGAACACACUUUCCACGAAUUAUUUAGCACAAUCGUAGAUUAUGUUCAAGAUCGUAUUCCUGAGAUCAGACUCAAAGUCAUGGAUGAAUUGAUGCGAAAUAUAAAAUCCCUCUUAAGAAACAUUCGGAUUGACAAGGAUGACGCUAGCGCCCGAUCUGCACUGAAGAAUCUCGGAAGUUUUUUGGGAAUGAUUUCACUUGCUCGUAAUAAGCCUCUUUUGCAUGAUGAAAUAAACUUAAAAGAUCUACUUUUCGAAGCCUAUCAUAAAGGGCCCGUUCCACAAAGACACGUGGUUCCUUUUGUUGCAAAGGUCUUGCGAGGAGCUGUUGACUCUAUUGUUUUUGCUCUGCCGAAUCCUUAUACUAUGGCGAUUAUUCGUGUACUUCGAGAAUUAUACGCUAUGCCAGAAGUCACCAAUUGCAUUAGAUUUGAGGUAAAUUAUUUAUACAUUAUAUUUUGUUAA